AUGGAACAUUUCAAAUUCAACCUCACCGCACCGGACAACCAGAGCAUCUCCACCUUCGACUUCCGUCCAAUCGUUCAAUCUUUUGUGUUCAGCCCCUCAGAGUACGCCUUUCCUGACAACGACAACAUUGAAAAUGUCCCCGAUUACCACAUCAACUUCACCAACUUCACCAACUUCACCAACUUCAGCACUGACCACCACGUUAAAAACGGAGACACAAGCUUCGUCAUGUUUGUGGCGACCUGCGUGAUCGUGUGUCUCAGCCUUCCUUUGACCCUCUGGGCCAUCGCUGCACUUUAUUCUCUGGUGAGAAAAGAUCAAGUUGCUCCGAUCUACGUCAUCAACCUUCUCAUCUCCGACCUCGUCCAGUUCUGCUACAUGAUCGUUGAGGUGGCAGCACCAGAGAAGAAGAAUUUACUUAAACUCUUCAUGUACAUUUACGACUACAGUGUGUUGGUCAGUGUUGGCUUCAUGGUGGUCAUCGCUCUGGAAAGGUAUUUGGCUGUCGUCCACCCACUGUGGUACCGCUUCAGACGAACCAACAAGACCUGUGUGCUGAUCUGUGUCCUGGUCUGGAUCCUCCCUGUUGUCCCUGUCCUCACUGAGUGUUUCUGUGAUAGGUUCCAGGUUGUAGGAACCAUCUUAGGGGUCUUCUUCCUCCUUCCUCUCCCGCUGCUCAUGUUCUUCCUGAUCGCGACUCUCAAAGCCCUGUAUGCUUCCACCUUGGUCCCGUCUGAGGAAAAACGCAGAAUCACAGGAAUGUUGGUCCUGGUGCUGCUGAUUUACCUGUCUCUGUUCCUGCCCGCCAUCAUUGCGUUGCUAACACAAGAGAGAAACAACUCACAUAUAUUGACCGCAGAGUACCUGGCUCCGAUGUUUCUUAAGUUGAGUCCUCUUGCGGACUUGUUUCUGUAUGUUUUCUUGAGGAAAGGGGCCACAAACAAGUGUCCAGCCUGCAUGUGUUGCUGGAGAGCAGACAGCAGUGAGCUCAGUAGUAUAACUACCUAA